CGCGCCCGCGGCGGUCGCCAGGUGAACGCCGGGCCGGCCGCGGCCGAGCGGCCGGCCGGCGCCAGUCGGUGCGUGGUGUCGCGGUGCGAGGGUCUGCGACCGCCGGCCGCCCGAUCAGCCAUGGCGCCCCCCGGCUCGCCCUCCGCCUGCUCGGAGACGGCUCCGCUUUUGCCGAGCGCUCCGCUGAAGCCGAGCUGCGCCGACUCGGACUCGGACUCCGACUCGAGUCAUGCGCCCGGGGCCGGCGGUGGCCGGCGGCGGCUGUGGCUGGGCCUCUUCAGCGGCUGCCUGCUAGCCGGCUGCUGCAUCGCCGUCAUGAUCCCGUUCUUCCCGCAGGAGGCGGCGCGCCGCGGCCUCGGCCACGCCGCCAGCAGUCUCGUUUUCAGCAGCUACGCGCUGACGCAGCUGGUGCUGUUCCCGGUGGCCGGCCGGCUGGUGCCGCUGGUCGGCGUCGGACGCGCCUUCUGCGCCGGCCUCGCGCUGGCCGGCACCACCACGAUCGCGUUCGGUCUGGUGCCGCUCGUCCGGUCGACGGCCGCGUUCCUGGCCGGUUGCGUGACACUGCGGGCGGCCGAGGCGGCUGGCACGGCUGCCCUUCAGACGGCGGCGCGUACGCUGGCCGCCAGCCAGUUCCCGGGCGGCGCCAGCAGUGCGCUCGGCGUCAUCGAGACGGCGAUCGCGCUCGGUAUGUCUCUCGGUCAGGGCCUCGGCGGCCUGCUGUACGCCGCCGGCGGCUACGGCGUGCCCUUCUUCGCGGUGGGCGGCGGCAUGGUGGUGGUGGCGACGCUGAGCACGUGGCUGGUGCCAGUCGGCGGGCGGCCCGGCGGUGACGGCGGAGGGGGCCGCUCGGCCGCCCACCUGCGUCAGUUCGCCGGCUCGGCCGAGGCCUGGAUCAGCGUGGCCGUCGUGCUCAUGGUCGCCAUGAACUGGACGGCCGUCGACCCGAACCUGGCGCCGUGGGUGUACACACAGCUGGCUAUGUCGCCGGCCGAGCUGAGCCUCUUCUUCCUCGGCUCGUCCGCCUGCUACUCGCUGUCAGGCCUGGCCUGGGGCCGCCUGGCUGACCACGUCUCGGCCACGCACCUCCUCACCACCGGCUGCCUGCUGGCCGACGCGCUGGGCCUGCUGCUGAUGCUGCCGCCGCCGCGGAUGGGGUUGACGCCGUCGCGCGCGCUGCUGGCCGCCGGUCUGCUGGUGCGCCAGGUGGCGCAGGGUGGGGCCUACGUGCCGAUCGUGGGCCGCCUGCUGGCCGCCCAGCCGAACAUGACCGCCAAGGCGGCCGUGGCCAGCGGCAUCGGCCUCGUGUUCGCCGCCGGCAACGUCGUCGGCCCGCUGGCCGGCGGCCGGGUAGCCGACCUUUACGGCAUGCCGCGCACGGCCGCCGUGCUGGCCGCGCUCAACGUGGCCGUGGCCGUGCUGACGGGCGGGAUGGCGGUGCGGGAGCUGCGUCGCGCUCAGGUGGCCCGACGCCGCGGCGAUAAACUAGGCGGCGCCUCGACCGACCAGCCGAACGGCGACGACAACGACGACGGCGACGACGACGGCGACGACGACGGUGACGAAUGUGGUAGCAGCGGCGGGUGCGACGGCGAAGGCGACGGCACAGCGGACAGACGGACGGAGGGCCAGAUGGCAGGGGGAGCGGGCACCUGACGGACAAAGGCCUUGCUGGCCACAGCUGCCGUCAGACAGAGCUCGCUGGCCGGGAGACAGUGCCAUGUCCAACUGGAGGGGACGCAGUCUCCAGCUGCAUCCCCAGCCGAACAGCGGCUGACACAGGAGGCGUUCAUCUCGUGACGAGGAGGCAGGCGGCAUCGAGAGGGGCAGGUCGCCAAACCAGAUGUCAAGGACGCGAUGACUUCAACGCGGGUGCUUGACAUGUGGGUGAAUCGUGAUGCGUUAUAAGUGUGCCUGUUUUUGUAGGGGUCGCAUUGCCCCCUUUUGAGGCAUUUCGAUACUGCGAACCACCCCCAGUGCUUUAUUUAAGCUCUCUGUGCGAGUAUGCCUUAUUAAAGUGAUUGGCGUGAAAAAUCUAUAUACCCAUCGACUGGACUGAAGGAGCUCCGACAUUUGCGCGUUCGCGCUGGGUGCGCUCAGGGCCGAGUGUCAGGUCGCUUCGGACACCGUUCAGCUUGGCGUCGUUCGCACGAAGCUCCUGCCGUCUGGCGGAGGGUGAAUCAACCAUUACAGCGCUCCGUUCUCGUCUUGAAAGAAAACGUGGCGCCACCUACCGGUUCGCAUUGCUGAGAUCUGGGGCAAGUCCUGCGGUGCGCCUGCCAUCUGCUGGUAGCGACUGACUUCAAGUACUUACCAGGGGCACGGAGUUUCUGCCAUCUGCCGGCUGGCUAUGGCAACUGCGCUGGGACGUUCCGCUCGCCACGUGCGUCGGCUGGGAGAGAGGGCCGUGUCAAGCUGGCCGAUUCGACCCUUUGUCUCAUUUUACUGAAGUUCAGCGGGGCUUGCGGGCAGCUUUAUCAUGCGUAGGAUCCCGAAAAGUUUUGGGAAAUUUCAGGAACGUGUGCGCUCCUGUGGUGCGUUUUCUGACAUUUCGCGGCAUUUGCGUUGUAAAAUACCGGCAGUGGAGUGCGCGUUUUGAGUAUGACUGCUGAGCUGGACUGAACGGGAAUAUGGCUGCCGAACUGGAUCAGAUGGAGCAUAAUGGCCGAACUUGGACAGACGGGAGCGGGGCUUUUUGCGUCGCCCGGUUUGCAAAGACGCGGCAGUCCAUGCGUCUUUUCAUUUCACUUUUUUCGAAAAAAGUAGCAGCUGAACAUAUAAGCCACCGAGCCAGUAGCAAAUAUAUGUAUUAGGUCCAGUCGCAAAUCAGGCCAACUCGUUGAUGCGCACGUAGCUAGCCGAAUAUAUAAAAACGUACGACUAAGUCAGUCCGCUAAGCUGAUCAAAAAAUAAGUUGUUUUGUGCCGGGUAAAUCAUUAUGUUUUGGACCCAUACAUUUAAUGAAAAAACCUGAACAAAUAUUCUACAUAUAAGCCAAGCUGGUAACACAACAUUCCAACCAUUUGUUCUGGAUACACAAAAAAGUGUGGAUGAUAAGUGCUGAA